AUGGCCGUGGACCGUGGAAGACUCUUCGCAGGUACUGCCCAUCCAUCACGACUGCUACCCUCUCAGCCCAGUAUGUUCAAGCGACCUCGACAGCGGAACGACGCAGCCGUAACUACUGUCACUACGAACAACAAGGUCCGUGUUGUGGUGCGUACUGAGAUCGAGUACCCACCAAGUCCAACUGGCAACGAGACAAAUGAGCUAUGCAAGCGCGUGCUUGAUGUCAUAGCAGUUGAUCAGAAAAGGCUGGAAAGUGAAAUAAACAAGGCGGUGUCUGUCUUGAUGCAGCUAGACGAGGCGUGGUGCGAGUUAGAGGAUAAGCUGGAGGAGGUCCAUGGAGAUGCGUUUGUCGAACGAUUGGCGUCCUAUCCUACGCACAUGGACGAGGCCGUUACGGCACUGAAAGAUGUAAUCCGUGGUCUGAAAAGGAUGGUCAUGACCAAUGGAGAGUGGAUAUCUCUCAGCCGCGAUCGCAUCGACUCGCGGAAGGAGAGGGAUGUGAGCGAUGUUGAAUCCACGGAAUCGGACGGCGGCCUGGCAGAUGGAUGA